AAAAUAGUAAGAAAUGGGAAAUGCUGGUGGAAGAGAAAAUGGUGGUGGUGGGGAUGGUGGUUCUUCUGACGGUGGUGGGGGAAGAUCGAAUGGUGCACGUGACUCGCACGCUGUCAGCAGCAGUGUUCCACCCGCUGACUUGAUGGUUAAUUCUCCUCCUCAGAGUCCUCGGCACCUUAGUCCUAAUUCGCCUUUGUUGCUCGCCCCUCAGGUUCCAGUGGUGUCUUUACAAGGUAAUGGCCUUUCCUUCUAUAAUCAAUUCCAAAGGAUUGAAAAUCUUGGAACUAUCAAUGAACCCUUCGUGCGAGGUAUUCCUACUCUCAUAACAUGGAGCUAUGGUGGUAAUCAUGUGGCUGUGGAAGGAUCUUGGGACAACUGGAGGUCAAGGAAGACACUUGACAGAUCUGGUAAAGAUCACACCAUUAUCUUGGUACUGCCAUCAGGAAUAUACCAUUACAAGUUUAUUGUUGAUGGCAGUGUGAAAUAUAUCCCAAAUCUUCCAUAUGAAGCUGAUGGCAUGGGGCAUGUUUGCAAUCUUCUUGAUGUUCAUGAGGAUGUCCCGGAGAACUUCGAAGGUGUGAGGGAGUUUGAAGCGCCACCAUCGCCUGACACGAGCUAUAGUCAUAGUUUUCUUAGUGAUGAAGAUUUUGCAAAGGAGCCAGUGGAAGUUCCACCUCAACUCCAGCUGACUGUUCUUGAUACAGGAAAUGAUGAAGCAGCUUCUUCUUCAACAAAGCCCCAGCAUGUGGUGCUUGACCACCUCUUUAUUGAAAAAGGAUGGGCAUCCCAAUCAGUUCUUGCUCUUGGUUUGACCCACAGGUUUCAAUCCAAAUAUGUAACUGUUGUUCUAUAUAAGCCACUGAACAGGUGAGUCCUCAUGUUACAAUCUACAUGCUCAAAAGCAAGGAGGCUCCCUCUCAAAGUUGCUAUA